AUGGCCACUACGCUUAAUCCCAGGGCCUAUCCUUUAGCUGGACCUGAACUUACAAAUAGGAUAAUUGAACUAGUUAAACAAUCAGUGAGCUAUCGGCAACUACGCAAAGGAGCAAAUGAGGCUACUAAGGCUCUAAACAGGGGCAAAGCCGAGUUUAUUGUCAUGGCUGCAGAUGUUGAGCCCUUGGAAAUCGUACUGCAUUUGCCACUGUUGUGUGAAGACAAAAAUGUCCCCUAUGUGUUUAUUGUCUCCCAAAUGGCUCUUGGCAGGGCCUGUGGAGUUUCUCGUCCGAUCGCGGCUGUCGCCAUUACGGAAGAUGAAGGAACCCAACUUAAGCCGCAAAUAAUCAGCAUUCAGCAAAGCAUAGAAAAACUUCUUAUAUAA